CGGACAGCCACUACGUUUCGCUGCCACGUCAGCUCAGCCCGACCCUAUUUACGGGAACCGCCUCUGCCCAGACGAAGAGCCGCAAACUGUCUAUUGUUGGAAGCCGCAUACGUUCCGUGGGGUUAUAAACCGGCGCAGCCUCGAUAGCUAGCCUGAGAGCCACAUACGAGCCUUGGAUGGAUAUAUUAAUAUAAGGAUACGUUGCUGAGAUGCGAGAUAUACUCUAUCGGAUAUUGUCCUGCUGCGACAGGAGGGCCAAUGCCCGGCUGAAACCACAGCAUCCUGAUACAGAUCCUCCGCCGAAAUUCCACUUCGACCGCCUAGGAUCGGAGAUCGAGAACGAUGCCGGGGAUAAUAACAGGAAAUUGAGUCCGGGGCGCCGACACAGAAUUAAAGGGUUCGCAUCGGAGCCGUAUAAGGUUCCUUCUGAACAGGUCUCGUCAGACAAACGAAUCUUGGAUAUUGAAUUGGGGAGACAUCAGGACGAGAAGGUCCUUUAUCGCCGCUUACUGCUGGAUCAUCAAGGCGAUCUAAACGCUGUAUCAGACGAAGUUGCGCGCCUCUUGGGCAUACCGUUCAUGGCAUAUAACGGUCCACCGGUACGCUUGCCCAACGGGUCUUUGGCAAACCCACAGGGCAGAAUAGAAGUUGAAUGGAGCAUAUAUAAAGGUAGCAAUCACUACAGGACGGAAGUACUGGUUAUCGAGAACAACUCCUUUGAUAUGGUGUUAGGGGCGUCUUCAAUUCGGGAUCACGGGCUUUGGGAGCAGACUGCAGUAUCCUCAUAGGUAAAGUAACAUGGAAACAUAUCGGGGACUAUCUAGAUUCAAGCGGGUAUAGGAGGUUGGACUUGUAUGUUACAUAGCGAAGUGGCGGAG